UGAGAGAUGAGAGAGGGAUGCUACGGAAAUGUUUCCCUCACCACAGAAAAUACGCUGCUUUAUACGUCACGGAGCAACACUACGUGACUGAAAUUCCCCAAACGAAGACAAUGAACCAGGUGAUGCCAAAAGACCAGGAUGGACAGAUAUCAACAUAUACAGAGCCAAAAUGGCACAUUUUAGAAUUGUGAACUGUUGAGGUAAAAGGUCACCAUCAUAAAAAAAAAAAAAAACCUUCUGGAGCUCAGUAUAUUGAACCACCUUUUGACCUGCUGUUCCAGAUGGCAGGAAAUUGCUGCUGAAGUCAAAUCUGCUAUCAAUAUGUUUGGUUAAGAAACCUUGAAAAGUCGAUCUUUAGUGUUCUCGGACUGUUGAAGAGCUUUGGAUCAAGAUGUUUACCGCUCUGAAGAAGUUGGUGGGCUCUGAGGCAGGGCAGCUCAGGGACAGAAAUAUUCCCUCUGGCCUGCAAUCCAUGAACCAGAGUCUACAGAGACGAUUCGCCAAGGGCGUACAAUACAACAUGAAAAUCGUUAUUCGUGGAGACAGGAACACAGGGAAAAGCGCACUUUGGCAUCGACUUCAAGGGAAAAUGUUUCUAGAGGAGUACAUCCCCACCCAGGAGAUCCAGGUCACCAGCAUUCACUGGAACUACAAAACAACAGAUGAUGUAGUGAAAGUUGAAGUCUGGGAUGUGGUAGAUAAAGGAAAAGGGAAGAAACGUGGGGAGAAUUUGAAACUGGAAAAUGAACCUCAAGAGUCGGAAGCAGAACCCGCUCUCGACGCAGAAUUCCUGGACGUAUAUAAGAACUGUAACGGUGUGAUCAUGAUGUUUGACAUCACCAAACAGUGGACGUUCAAUUAUAUUCUGAGGGAGUUGCCAAAAGUGCCAACACACAUCCCCGUGUGUGUCCUGGGUAACCAGCGGGAUAUGGGCGAGCACCGGGUCAUCUUACCCGAUGACAUCAGAGACUUUAUCAACAGUCUGAACAGACCUCCAGGCUCCUCCUACAUCCACUACGCCGAGUCCUCCAUGAAGAACGGCUUUGGUCUCAAAUAUCUCCAUCGCUUCUUCAACAUUCCCUUCCUGCAGCUGCAGAGGGAGACUCUUUUACGGCAACUGGAGACGAACCAGCUUGAUAUUGAUGCCACACUAGAGGAGCUCACUGUACAACAGGAGACCGAGGAUCAGAACUAUGACAUAUUUCUUGAGAUGAUGGAGGCACGCAAAGCUUACGGAUCUCCGGCACCCUCUAAUGGCGAGAGCCCGUCGUCAGGCUCCCAGUCCCCUGUGGUGCUGCCUGGUGCGGCGUAUCCCAGUAACUCCAGUCCCAGUACCCCACAGGCUCCUCUCCCUCCCCAGACCCAGUAUGUACCUGCACCCCCUCCAUCUAUACCACACCCUUCUUCUUCCCAGAGCACAGCCGCACAUGUACCCCAGACAUUAUCACAAACUUUGGAGGCAUCGCCCCCCGCAGUGAUACCUUCUACUGCCCAACCAGCACCUCUUCCGGCCCAAAAACGAGGAUUCAUCUCACGCCUGUUUAGAUCUUCAACUGACGAGGCUCCAGCAGACAAAACAGAAGCUAUGAGUUCUGAAGCUCCGAAGCCAACUGGAAAUGUGCAAAGUGUGGAUGACUUUGUGCCGGAGGUGGGCUUGGACCGGAACUUUCUGGAAGAUGGUGGAAAAGGAGCUGCAUCUGCUGUUAAAUCAAAGAGCAAACUUCCAGCUUCAGCUCUAGACAGUGACAGUGAUGGCGAGGGGUGGGGAAAUCCUCUGGUCUCCGGUUUCCAGGACGAUUUGGAUCCAGAUGACAGAGUGCCUUGUCAGCCUGCCGUUAAAGCGGUGGUCCCAAGCAAGGACAUCACCCUCACGAGUGAUGAAGAGAAGGAAGAUUCACCUGUACCCUCAGCUGCACAGAACAGGACCAUCAAUUCUGGGCUUAACACAAAGGGAUCAUCUGUGAACUCACUCAAACAGCAGCAAACCAAGUUAAAACCUGCCGAGAGACCACAAAGCCUAAAAACUACAGCAGGUCCUGCAGUGCAGCGACAAGGUCAAAAGACAGGAGGCGCUAUUGAGGCACACUCAGAUUCAGACCAUGAAGUUCCAGUCGCUCAGCAGUUGCUUUCAUUUGUUAUGGACGACCCUGACUUCGACAUCGAAGAGCUUGACGUACCCCAGGUCAAGAAGGACGCUUUUCCAGCAAGAGGCAACGUAUCUGACAGGUCUGGUUUUAUGUUAGCUGGACUCCCAGAGCCCCCCAGACCUGUUGCCCCCUCAUUUAACAGUGACAUUGACCUGUUCGGCCUGGGGUUUGAAGAGACUACACCUAAGAACAAAGACAGCAGUGAAGACCAGGAAGAUAAUGAAAGCAGACACUCCACAAAGGACAAGAAAAAGAAGAAAAAGAAAAGCAAAGAGGAGGAUGACAAAAGCAGCAAAAAACGACACAAACAUAAGAAAAAGGAAAAAGAUGAGUGUGGCACAGGGGACGAGAAAGAAAAGAAAAAGAAGAAAUCAUCAAGGACCAAGAAAACUGGAACUUUGGACGAUCUGGAGGCUUUCCUGGCGGGCGGAGAGGGACCAGGAAACAGUGAGGGCGGAGACUACGAAGAACUGUAAAACGCCAUCCGACCAAUCAGGGUUUGAUAUCAACACCAACUGUGUGGCAUCGCCAGGUCAUUGUCCAAUCCAUUCCACCACGGUUUUGCAGUGCCUAACCUUUUCAUUUCCAACAGUGUUGCUUCAAGUGGUCCUGAGUUUAUUCCAUUAUUAACUGAUACAAACUUGUUCCAGAUAAACUAAAAAGUUCCAUAAAGACUUGAAGUUUGACACAUUUUAGCUCUAUGAUUUUAGGUCUAUUGGUUUUGUGUGUGUGUGUAUGUCAAUGUAUGUACAUACAUGUUAUUGAAAGCUUUUGGCACAUGCUAGAACACACAGAUAAUGGUACAUUUUCAUAUAACACAGUUCAGAUGGGAAAAAUAAGCAAAACGUUUCAUGCAACUCUGCACACCAUUAUUCCACAUAUUGGGCGUCAUACUGAACAUGAAGCAUGGGAUGAAUUUGUGUGCAAAUCGCUCAUAAAAUGUUUCUUGCAUAAAUUGUCACAUUGAGUGGUUUUACAAAUAAUUUACACAGAAAUGUGUCAAAUACGUUCUAGAAUGAAUACAUCAUUUUUAAAAUCAUUCUUACUCCGACUGUCCAAUUUAAUUCAAUGCAUUUAAAGUAAAAUGGGUUUUGAUGCUGCAAACAGAACAUUUUAAAAAUCAUUGUUGCUUAAAUUGUCCCAUUUAAUAUUUAUUAGCAUCGCAAAUUUGGAAAUGCUUUUGCAUCAAAUUAUCCACUACUGUAUUGAUUAAAAUGAUAUAGACAAAUGAUAGUUUACUCACACAUGUAAAGAUAUGAACAUAACAAUCGUAAAAAUAAGUUUAACUUUUCCUUCAUAAAUUAUUGCCUUUAAUGAUUGGCAACAGUUUAGUAAAUAAUUAAUUUAUGAACGAUUUACAAAAAUUCGUUCUGCUUAUGUUUUAUGAAAGAGACCAUGUUUUACUUGUAAUUCCCACAACUCUUUCUGUUUUCAUCCUAUAUUGAUUAGUGAUAGCCAAGUAAUUUUGAUCGCUAUGAAUUAGAUUGGCUCCUGGUUAACCUGUUGAUACGCAAUCGCCGCGUGUGGUGGUGAUGUCACUCUGCUUCCAUUUAAUAGAUCAUUUACCAUCUAUAAAUGUAAUAUGUAUAACAAAUUCUACAUCUUUUCAAAGGUCUAAGAGUUCAACAUUGAUAUCCGAUCUCUGUUUCACGAUAGCAAUCCUCCAGAAACAGUGAUUGAGUUAUUUGUGCAGGAGUACAAAUGAAAACGUGCAAUAUCAGAACGGGACUUUAUACAUUUAUUAUGAAAACACGAUCGCCAGAUGAAUCCAGUUCAACACACUUGGGUCAAUCGUCCAUGACAAGCGAUCAUUAAAAACAUCCAAUAGCACUUUUUGUCCAUAAAAGUUAUAAAUCUGAGAAAUAUUGAUAUAUUCUCCAUUGUUUACAUGAGAUCUCUCCUGAAAGAAUUACCCUUCGUCAUCGUUCUUCAACAAACUGCAAUCUGAGCAGCAUUCAUGUUGUAAAACUGUAUAUGAUCAUAUAUAUUAGAGUCUCAUAAUCAAAACCAGCCCGUCUCCAAAGUCUAUUUUUAAAAAUGCGGCGUAGUUUUAUUCAUUAUAGCUGAGCAGCACCGUCAAAACAUGUUCAGCACAAAAUAUUUCAACUUCAGCUUCUCUAACUUUAAAAAAUAACAACAUAUAUUGAUUCUGAAACUUGUGAAUUAAAGCCCAAAGUGUCUUCUUUCAAUAGAUACUACAACUGUGUCCAUACUGCAAAGGGUCCCGUAAAUACAGCCAUGUAAGUUCAGGAAUGUCAUUUUCAUGGUUUGUGCUCAAAAAGGGGUGCAUAUCAACAGGUUAAGUAGCAGGAACACAACUAAGUUUAAAAGUGUAAACUAAAGUACAACAAUUUAUGUAAGAAGGUUGUUGUUGUUUUUUUACAGACAAUUUUUGAGAAAAUAUUCUCACAGUCAAUGCAACAAUUUACACACAAAUGUUUUGUUUUUUUACUUGCACAGAAAUUUGUUUUGCUCAUGUUUCAUUAAUCAUUUGAAAAAUCCUUCUUAUGUAAAAUGUCACUUUCAGUUCAGUCCAACAAUUUACUUAAGAGUGUUUUUAUGCUUUAAACAGACGGUUAUUCAAAAUGUUUUCUGUUUGAUUAAUUAUUCAUAAAAUCAUUCAACAGUUUAAGUAAAUGUUAUUCAUGCAGCGUAUGUUUCAUUCGAGAAAGUAAUCUUGCGUAAAUUUGUUCCAUUCAAUUGAAUUCCCCAAUACAUGUUUUUUAACAGAUGAUUUACACCUAAAUUUGUUCUGUUUGUGUUUCAUAAACCGUUUAUAUAAGAGUGGUUACGAUGUACACAAUUCGCUCCAUAGAAUCCAUGGUUCUAGCUAUUGCAAAGGGAACGCAGAACUAUUUCAGGAAGUCAAUUCCCUCUAUGUCCUCAAAGGGGCUCCGUAGGAUUCUGAUUGGCUCCAAAGUUAAAAGGGAACGAACAGAAUUGAAUGACGUCAUCCCUUCUGGUACUGUGCAACUCCUUGUCGUCCAACUGAGUGAGUUGUCUGAAAUUGUUUUGACAACAUGUUAAAUGUUUUUUUUUCAAAUGUUUUCUCGAUAACACAGAACAUAUCUUUGGGAUAAAAUUACAUAAACGUUCCACCUCACAAGUGAAAGACUCCUUUUUGAUGUUACUAUAAGAAGGGAUGGAUUACCGACUGGGACAAUGGGGCACAUCAAUGUUGCGCGAUCCAGUUUGGCGAUUCCCAACCCUCCCCCUCAAAAACCCACUCACAAACUUUUAUGGGCAUGAAAACGAAACACCCCCCGGUCAAAAACUUUUGGAAGGGGCCCCUUGGAGAUAAUUGGGCCUGGGGCAUUUGCAAGUCAUAAUCUGUCUCUGACUAUAAGGUGAUCCAUUCACCUUUGCGUCAUGGACAGCAUUUACAUUUAUGCAUUUAGAAGACGCUUUUAUCCAAAGCAACUUACAGUGGACAAUCCCCCCGUAGCAACCUGGAGUUAAAUGCCUUGCUCAAGGACACAAUGGUGGUGGCUCUGGGGAUCGAACCAGCAACCUUCUGAUUACUAGUUAUGUGCUUUAGCCCACUACGCCACCACCACUCCAUUUGAACUCUUGUGGGUUUGACCCAAAGAGGCAACUGCAGUGUCGACAACGGAACGUUUCUAUCGGUUAUCCCAGAACAUUGAGAAUUUGUGGUUUCAAAGAUGGAACUUAAACAUGAAUAUGUUGGACUACUAAGGAACAAAGAUCAUUCAGCCCAACUUGAACUGCAUUAACUAACUACCAGUACCUUUAAAGACAGAUUGCUACAAAUUCCUGUCUUUUCCGACCAUCAUCUGUGUCUUAGGUUGUUGCAAAUCGAGCAUGCUGUCGUCUACACACACGCCACUCAGCUCAUGGGAUGCAUCACGCUGUCACCAUGGAACCACACGUGUGGGAGAAUGGACUCUACGUACACUCUCACUGUGAUCAAUAGUCCCGCUUUCCUGGAUUUAGGACUACACUGUUGACUACUCUCACCCCAAACCAGCAAAAAGGGCACAAGUGUGCACCUCCUUUUGUACUCUGUCUCAAGUACGAUUGCCUCCUAAAGACCCUUGAUUUAUUGAUUUUUGCGGUUUGGCAGGCAUUUUUUCGCUGUACAAGAAAAGGUUACAAGAAAUGAAUGCAUUGAUGAGGAAUUAGUUCUGGCUGGUUGUUGGACUCUGCAUGCAACAUACUUCCUUCUCUGCAUUUCAGACCUCAUUGGAUUUCCUGGAAAUGUGUUUUGAAUAUGUGGAAAUGCUAGUUAUAUUGGUUUUAUUCAUCCAGCUUCAUAUACUUUCCAAAGCCUUUGUGUUUAUUUGGCCAUUAAUGGUUGUAUACAGAGUGCUUAUUUAUUUGUGUUACCCCAUUUCACUACCCUCAGUGUUUGUAUUUGAUUUGUGUGUUUCAGUUGUGUAAUAAAUGCAA